GUGCGCGUAGGAGGGACAGGCCCGUCAGGCCGCACCCCUGCUGGGUCCAUAGAGCAGCGGCUUCGGGCUGAGCUCUCCUCUGCCUCGCCGAACUUCGGGCUGCAGCAGCAGAUUCAGCGACUGUCUUGGAAAUGGUACCGACGUGGGCCCCGGCUGUUGGUUUCACACUCUUACCCCAUACAGGAGGGUUUUUGGGAGGCAUGAUAACAAAGAGAGAAAUCCCUAUAUGGUAUGAAUCUCUUGAAAAGCCAUCGUGGCAGCCACCUAACUGGAUGUUUGGCCCUGUCUGGGGAACUCUGUAUACAUCAAUGGGAUAUGGUUCUUACCUGGUAUGGAAGGAGUUAGGAGGUUUCAAUGAAGAGUCAAUGGUUCCACUUGGGCUGUAUGCAGGGCAGCUGGCAUUAAACUGGGCAUGGACUCCAAUAUUCUUUGGAGCUCACAAAAUAGGAUGGGGGUUGGUCGAUCUCCUACUCACUAGUGGUGCAGCAACAGCUACAACUGUCACCUGGUAUCAUGUCAACAAGAAAGCAGCAUAUUUGAUGUUCCCUUAUUUAGCUUGGUUAACUUUGGCUUCUGUGCUCAAUUACCGCAUCUGGAAGGACAAUAAAAAGAAGCAAUCUUAAUACAGAACCUUCUGGAAGAGAAUAUCAAGGCAGAAGUUUUUUUUUUUAUGCAUUUCCCAAAUAAAAUUACAAUCCUG